GUUGUGACUUUCGACUACAACUGGUGGUGCCAGUGGGUCAGUUGGUAAACUCGUCUCUCUGUGGCUCUCAACCUUGUGGGAUUCGAAUCUCUCACAGAAGCACGGGGCAGAGGUGUGAAAAAUUACGCGGUGUCAUUUGAGACUGUCAAUUCUGGCGAAUUGACAGACUCGAAAUUUACAACUGACUUGAGAGUGGACGAGAGGGGUUAGUGAGCUGAUAGCUGAUAACUGAAUCCUCGGCGAAGCAUGGCUAUUUCAAACGCACUUGUUGCGAUUGUUUGCCUUGCCUUACCACAUUGUAGGGCGUUUAUGAGUACGCCCUCGGCUCCCACACGCACAUCUCACCAUUCGCGGAGCCAUCGGCAUUUUGAAAGUGGUUGUAGCAGCAGUAGAUCCAUCCUUGCGCAUCCGAGUACGACGACAAGGAGCUGCGACCCUCCAGCUGCGGCUUUGGCGAACGAAGAUGGAAGAGCAGGCGUCCUGGACAUUCUUUUUGGGGGCUCGUAUCAGGAGCGCAUCGAAAUUGGGCGCGAUGCCCAGGGAUUUUUGACGACGGAUGCUCUCGCAGCGAGAACGUUGGUGCCCCCACGAGAGUUAACUUACGGCGAAUACGAUUUGGACUUCUUCCUGUCGUUGGUUGCCGAGUGCCUCAACUUGCGAGCCGGGAAUAGCGGUAAGGACGACAGCAGUGUCGGUGCUUUGGAAGCUGAGGCGAGAUCACUCAUUUUUGGCGAUAUUGGCUCUGGAUGCGGGCGUCUCGUGGUCGCGCAAGCUCUAACCUGGCCGUGGAAAUCCUGCCGCGGCGUCGAGAUUGUGCCUUCUCUCCACGACAUGGGACAAGCGGCCCUGCAAGAGGCCGAUCGGUUGGCAAAGGGAGAGGAGAACGCACUUUCCCCGGAAACCUCACGACUGUUGAGAUCCAUGGCGCCCUGCUCGCUAUCUCUGGGUGACGUGAACGAUGAUGUGGACAUUUCCGACAUCGACGUGUUGUUCUGUUACAGCAGCUCGUUCCCUGCCUUUGGCGACCUCCUCACCGAAUUUUCCUACACCCUCGGACACAAGCUUCGACCUGGUGCUCAGGUCAUCACAACCGACCGUCGCCUGGUAUCCGAUGGUCCCUGGGAGUUUGCUCUGCUAGGAGAGCGCGAGGGCAGAAAUUCCGAGACCGGCGGCAAGUCGAUCGCGUACAUCUGGGAGGUUGUACGAUCAGCGCUGUGAUCGUAGUACAACAAAGCCACACCGAAACGUGUGGAUGAAGCCGCCGCCCGCCUCGUGAGCCGGGUCUCAUGUCCAUCUGCAGAGCGUGGGUACCCACACAAGCGAGCCCUGAACGCGGUGUCUUCAGAAGACUCUGGCUGGUACCAGCGGAGGCUUCGGUAGAUGUCCCGACGAAGUCACCAGCCACGGGGCUGCCCAUCAUGCCUCACGUCUUCGGACGGCUGGCGCCGUCUUCGAUGCGGUGCCUUUUCUUGUGCCACAACGAUUUUCUGCAGGGUCAAAACGCAAGGGUCGUGUGAGUCUUUUCAAAGCUGUACGAAGCUACUGAAGAGCGCUUCACACGCAACACACUCGAAGCUGCGGGCCUGGGGGGUUGAAUAUCGGGAAAGCUCAAGUUCCACCUGUGGUUAACGCGACAGCAUGAGCGCGAUCAAAGCCUCUUCAUCGCCGUGGCUCCAAUAUGCACCAGCAAUUGACUCG